UCUUGAUUGCUAACAAAAGUUCUUGAAUUUGCAGGGAACCCGAGAUCCACAAGGACAACCGAGAUCAAUUCGAGAUCAUCAGCCGAAAUCAGAACCGAAAUCUUUAUUAAGCAGCACCGAAUUCUAAUUUUUUCAGAACAGUUCUCGCUCAAAUAUCACCAGCAGUCAAUAUUUACAAUGGAAGCUUACACUAUGGGAAGUGAUUCAAGAUCUCUAAUUCUAAGGAGAGGUGAAUUUACUAUCUAGACAACCAGAUUUCUUAAUUUCAUCUGAAGCAGAGAUAAGGGCAAAAUUAUUCCCAAAUCUCUUAAUGAAGGACCAAUUGAAUAUUGGGUUGAAGUCGCUACUGAUGACACUAAAAAUCCUCCCACAUCUCCUAGUAGAACGCUCAAGAAUGAAGACGAGUAUACUAAACGUGAAAAGCUCAGAGCUAAAGCUGAUCUCCUUGCUGCUACUUAUCUGCUUCAAUCUAUUUCCAAUGAGCUCUUUAUGCAAAUUGACAGCCUCACGACGGCUAAAGACAUGUGGGAUGAGAUUCACCAAAUUAUGCAAGGAACUGAUGUUUGUAUAAAGACCAAACGAGCUUACACACUUACUGCAUAUUACUCGUUUUCUGCUAGAGCUGAUGGAGAAUUUGAGGAUACUUAAUUACUAAUGGUAUCUAAUGAGGAAGAUUAAUAUCCAUAAGACUAAUAUGGAAGUCAAUUUGCGCUUUCUUUGGUCUCUCAAACCAGAAUGGAAGAAAACAGCUAAAAGAAUUAGACAAAAUAAAGAUUUGGAUGAGCUAACCAUCCACAACGUCUAUGGCUGCCUUGGAGAAUUUUCUGAGGGUGUGCAUGAAAAGGUGAAAACUUCUAAAGAAAAGAAUAUUGUUGAUUCUAUUGCUCUUCUAUCUACUAAAAGGAAGAAACUAGACAAGGCACCCAAAAUCACUAUUGAAGCUGAGUCAUCCGAUAAGAAAAGAACCAGUCUGAUUCUAAUCCUGAGAUCAACGAGCUGAACAAAGAGCUACCUUUGCUAACUAAUCUUGCAAAGAAGAUGAAUAAGAAGUUCACUGGGUUUAGAGGCCGACCUUCAUCCAAUAAGCAAAGAAUUUCUUCAUUCAAUUAUACUGACAAAGCUAGCGGACCUUCUGAUAAAGCUGUCAGUGGAGGUCAUCUAAAGUGUUUCAAAUGUGGAAAGCCUAGUCAUUUUGCCAAUGAGUGAAGAUAUGCAAAGAAGAAAGACUUCAACUACUACAUGCAGAAAGCACAACUUGCUAAACAAAAAGAACAAGGAGUAGUUCUGAUGGCUGAACAUGACCACUGGCUGGAAGAUUCCGAUGAUAGCGAUCCUGAGAACAUGGCGCUGAUGGCUUGCGUGACAAGUACUGAUAGUGAUGGUGAUUGCUCUGAGAAAGAUAUCAGUUCUCCAUCUACUGAGAAUGAGGAAUGAUGACUUGGAUUCUGAAGAAUGCUGCUGUCAAGGAGACAAGACUUGAGCAACCCAAGAAUAUUUCUAAAAUCUUUAAUUUUGUUGAAAAGUCUUGUAAUAGUUUUAGAAAUUGUUUUCGUUUCUAGUUCUUCUACUAGUUUCUCUAGUUAUAUUUCAGACAGUUCACCUAAGUUUCCUUCUUCUCAUUCUAGAUCUGUUGACUCUUAUUCUAGUGAUGAUUUUAAGUGUGAUAAUUUAAUUUCUCCUUUUUUA